AUGUCUCAACAAACAGUCUUUAUUUCAGGUGGCAACCGUGGAAUCGGAUUUGCUUUGGUAAAGUUAUUCAGCCAGGACACUAAAAUUAAGGUCCUUACCACGGCAAGAAAUCAUGCAUCAGCCACUGAAUUGCAAGAAUUGGCGAAGAAGAAUAAAAACGUUCACGUGAUCAAGUUGGAUGUAAACAGCGAAGAGAGUAUUCGUGAGGCAGCAGCUGCUGCUGCAAAAGUCACUAAUCUGAUUGAUAUUUUCAUCUCAAACAGUGGAAUUGGUGAUAUUACUGGCUCUUCCUUUUCGACUGAAAGAGGCAGCUGGAUCAAGCACUACAACACCAACGUUCUUGGCCCUAUUCUGUUGUUACAAGAGUUUUAUCCUUUGAUCAAAAAGGGUGGUACCAAAAAGGUUUUCUUUAUUUCAAGUGUAGUGGCAUCCAUUACUAUGGAGCUUCCAAUUCCUCGUUCUGCUUACGGACAAUCAAAAGCAGCCCUCAACUACACAGUUAAAGAAAUGGCUAACGAGUUGAAGUCUGAAGGAUUUACUUUAGUACUUGUGCACCCAGGCGUAGUCGGCACGGAUAUGGGAAAAGACUUUGCGGAAAAAUUGAUUGCUCUUGAUCCAAAAAUGGCUGAUUUCUUUGACCCCUCUAGCGUUAUUACUCCAGAUCAGAGCGCCGAAGCAUUGGAAAAACUUUUUCUUUCAUCAAAGCCUGAAAACAAUGGUAAAUUUUUAAGUUACGACGGUCUGGAACUUCCAUGGUAA